GGCUCUUCCCGCGGCGCGCGAGUACUCUUCAUCUUAGCUGUGGGAGCCGAAGCUCCGGGAGCCAACUUGAACGUGGGCAAAAGGCCCACUCUUGGCUGCGAUUGAAUCUGCCGGCGAGAAGCAGCAGAGUCGCGGACUUAUCGUUGCCUCCUGGCGGAGUUGGGACGGGAGGGGCAUAGGCCCGGUGCGGGGAGAGACGGGGCUAGUGCGUAGUCCCUCCGUGCGCACCCCGACCCACGAAGUCCGCCUGACAUUCUGCCUUUCGGAUCUGUGGUGAGCUCUUCCUUCAACUCAGGAUCUUCUCCCAGGACUGGCAGUCCCUCCAGAGUGAAUCUUUGGAAAAGAUGCCAAAGAAGAAGCGGAAAACUGCAAACGAGCCUGAUUCCCAGGGUCAGGAAGAAGAGGAGUCAAGGGGCCUGUCAAAUGCAAAAUUAACACAUUCUAUGGACACAUGCAUUGUCAUAUCUGACAGCGAUGGAGAGCAAGAGUCCAAAGAGGAGAAUGGUCUGCAGAAGAAAAGAACAAAGCAGCAGCUGGACAGAGUGAAGUUUGCCGCAAAAAGGAAAAUUGCACAGAUGUCAGAAGAUGAGCAGUUUGCCUUGGCUUUGAAAAUGAGUGAGCAGGAAGCGAGGCAGUUGAAUUCACAAGAGGAGGAAGAGGAAGAACUUCUGAGAAAAGCCAUUGCUGAGAGCCUCAGUAGCUGCCAGCCUUCUGAGCCUUCUGCUAUGGCUCCUGUGCCUCCCCUCUCCCAGGCAUCAGCGUCUUCAGUGCAAAGCCACCCAGCUGGGCCAGAGGAUUCUCAGCCCCUUGCAGUUCUGUUGCCUUGCUCUGAGUCUCCUUGCUCCAAGUGCAGCUCCCUCUCACCAAGCUACAAUGCUGAGGAGAACAGACAGACAGAUGCCACCAAGAGGCCCCUGGUAGUACUGACGAGGCUAAGCCGGGACAUAGUUGAAAGCUCGCUAGUCUCUAGCAUAAUUGUGUCUCCAGGGAAGAGCCAGGCUUUUGCCAGGUCAGACCCUUCCUCACCAGCAGGGAGCAGCUCCAGUGAUACAUCACCUAGUGCGGAAGAGGAGUUACCUAUUACCUUAAGUCCCACUUUUCCCCAAAGACCUCUGGGGGCUUAUCCACUGGCACCCUGGAGACUCUUUAUGGGAAAGUGCAGCCUUCUAAUGCCAACAAGCAAAGAAAUGGAGCAUUCCCAAAAUUAUUUAAAAGGAAACCUCCAUGUUGACUGCUCAGGAGUCCCACAGAAGGAAGCCCAGCAGCAGAGUACUUUUGACCAUGACAGAUGUCCUUCUGGGUUUGGAGAUCAGUCUGAGCAUGGCAAAAGCACGCUGCUUUCUGCUGAGUUUAUAGAAAGGACUGGCCUACCAGAAAGUGCCCCGCCAAUUUGCACACUUCCUUGGACUGAUGAGAAAUGCCAACAUGAAGAACCGGAUGUGGUGCACUAUUAUUGGGGUGUUCCAUUCUGCCCCAAAGGAAUAGAUCCUAACAAAUAUACUCAAGUCAUCAUGUGCCAGCUUGAGGUCUACCAGAAAAGCCUGAAACAGGCUCAGCGGCAGCUCCUGCAGAAGAAGCAGUUUGGGGAACCAGUUGUCCCUAAUCCAUGUUCCCUGAGACGAAGUGAACUUGCAAAAGAUGAGGAAACAUCUAGACAAAGAGAAGGUUUGGAUGAUCAAGAAGAAGACGUGGAUGAGAAAAAGGAACCUGGGAAUGUUGCCUGGCUUCUUUCCCGAGUCAAUGGAGAGCCUCACAAACAUCCAGCACAGGACUCAGCGGAGGGAAGAAACUCUGGGUGUAGAGAUGAACCAGCAAGCAGCUCUGCUCAGGCUUCUCAAGUGCUGUUUGCAGAAGAUAUGCUUGAAGAAAGGGAGCCUGUACAGAUUACACAAAGCAUUUCUGCCUUGACUCCCUUGGACAAUAAGAAGAGCCCAGACAUUGCCACGGAGGAUCAUGCCGAGGAGGAAAUCACUGUGUGCCCUGAAACCCAGCAGAGUCCAUCACAAGCUGUUGAGCCUGAGAGUGGAGAAAUCCAUUCAUCCGGCAAAGAUGUCUUUCCGCAGGCUGAAGAAGAUGCAAGAGAGCAUGCGCCUGUGCACAGCCCUCAAGCUAAUGACCCCAUGUCAUGUCCGCUGUGCGAACACAGAUUCCCAGCUUCAGAGAUUGAGCUACAUGCUAUGUAUUGUAAUGGCACAGGAGAGGACGCAGUUGAAGAUGGCCCAGUAAUGACCCGACGACAGAGGGAAGCCAAGAGUAAGCUUACCAGCUGCAAAAAAGCCUCACAAUCUGUAGACAUUGACAAGUGUGAGAAGUGUUACCUUUGUAAAUGUCUAGUGCCAAGGAAAGAAUAUCAGAGUCAUGUUGAUGGCUGCCUUUGUAGCCGGAAUGCUGAUGGAGCACAGUGUCACAGGAGGCUACGGCGUGCAAAAGAGAAGGGAAGGUGUGAAGGUCGACUACUGAGUAUGCUAGAGCAAUCUGAAAACAAGGCUGCAGAUGCAGAGGUGGCUGCUCCACCAUCAAGAAGAGAAGGCUCAAGGCCCAGCCCAGCAGAAAUGGACAAGGAAAUGGAGGGCAGCCAGAAUUCAGAGAGACUCUUCCCUCAAGGACCUUGCAGUGGCUCUCCCAUUAGAUCGUUCACUUCCAUUUCUGAAGCCAAAGACUGCCUAGUGGACUUUAAAAAACAGUUGGCAAUUAGCCCACACAGUUGGAAACAAACCAAAGCCAGCCAUAGGAACCAAAAGAAGUGCUGAGGAUGGCAUCACGGAGAAGACACCAAAAUACAGACUCUAGUGAGCCUGCUUGGCAAAGAGGUCACAGCUCCCUACUCAACACCAGACUUUUUUCUGUUAAUUUUGUAUGAAUCUUCCCAGAAUUCGUCAUGUACUGACUAAGUGUGUACUCUAUAGGUGCCUAUUCAACCUUGCUUUGCAAUUAGAAAAUAAAAUGAAAUAUAUUUAUUAUGUUUUUAUAAACUUCAA